UAAAAGGACUUAAAUCGCCGCAAAAAUCGACCGCGUGAGCCGCGAAACGGCGGAAAACGUCUAAAAGUCCAGCAAGUGCCGUCGUAGCGAAUGCAUGUCUGCAUUCGGUAUGGAGAAAAACAUGUUUGUUCGAUAAUAUAUGGAGAAAAACAUAUGACACGCCGGUUCACACCACAUUCUACUGAGGAGAUCGCUUCAAAUAACCGAAACCAUCCCGACAUUGGCUCCAUCGAACCCCGAGUGACCCUGGAACUCGUCGAAAUUGAAGAAGGAAUCGAUGAGGGAGAAGUUCUCUAUAGCAUACUACGAAGACUCUAGACGAACUGUUAAGACUGAGAGUUUAUAUGGACAAGAAGAAGCACUUAAAGAAGCACCGUGUGUAGGAAAGCGAAAAACGGGUUAUUCGAAGACGUACGAUUGUCAAGGGGCAACAGGAUGCUGAGGAGACAGAGGUGAAGGAAAUUCGAGAGAAUGCUACUCGUAAGCAAGGUGCUACUACUGGACAAGUUGAAGAAGUUGAAAAUCAGACGGAGAAGGAUAGAGAGAUUGUGAUGAAUCGGGAGAGAAAUCUGAAGCGUGCCAACGAGGAAUGGGGAACAACUGAAGCCUCGAAGCGUCCAAGAUAUGAGGAUAGUCGUGGUGUUUUCCGAGGUGGAUUCAGAGGAAGAAGAGAAGCUCGUGGUGGCUUCCGUAGAAGUGACGACCGAGGAGGAUUCAGAGGACGUGACGGAGGUGGUGGCUUCCGUGGUGGGCAAGGUGGAGAUUGAGGCGGUUUCCGUGGUCGUCGUCAAUUCUAAUAUCAGUUGUUGUUUUGCAAUUUAUUGGUUUUCUGCGUUCUCCAUUUUUAUUAUUAUGUUCGUUUUUGUUAUUGUUAUAAUCAUGAAUAUAUCAGACUGUUUAACCCGAAUU